GCAUUGAACUAUCCUAAUCUCAUUGCACCCCGUCGAACGAUCAGUGCCAGUCCUUAAAUUGUCAUUGCAGCACACUAUCGCUCCAAAUUACGUAUCGCCGCAAAUUUUUCGUGAAAUAUUGACAUGAACCCACAAAUUAAUAUUGACAUGCUCCGCAAAGCCUUUGAUGGCUUCGACCACAACCGCUCAGGCAGCAUCCCGUGCGACUUCGUCGCCGACAUUCUCCGGAUGAUGGGGCAACCCUUCAACAAAAAGAUCCUUGAGGAGCUCAUUGAGGAAGUCGAUGCCGAUAAGUCUGGUCGUCUCGAGUUCCCUGAAUUCGUGACGCUGGCCGCCAAGUUCAUCGUAGAGGAGGAUGCGGAAGCCAUGCAAAAGGAACUUAGGGAAGCAUUCAGAUUGUAUGACAAGGAAGGCAAUGGUUACAUUCCCACGUCGAGCUUGCGUGAAAUCCUCCGCGAGUUGGAUGAGCAGCUCACCGAAGAAGAGCUCGACGGCCUAAUUCAGGAGAUCGACACUGACGGCAGCGGUACCGUCGACUUUGAUGAGUUCAUGGAGAUGAUGACCGGAGAAUAAACAUCUGUUUGUACUCUUCUACUAAUUUUAAGGAAUCUCUACUUUGGUACUUCAACCUUUCGAGUCUUGGAAACAUUGGACAAUAUGACUCUAACAUUAAGACGAAAUGAAUCUAUAUCAUUGAUAAAACAUAAGAGUAUUAUGUAUGUAUUGUACAAAUAAUAUCGUUCUUGUUUAAUUGAUGUGUGUGAUUGAGUAAUGUUUAUACUUUAUUAAUAAAUCUUUUACUCUAC